GAACUUUAGAGGAAUGUUUCUAAUUAGUAAAGUAAAUGAUUCAGUUCAUUCUCAGAACAAGAGUCACAAUUCCUUAAAACAAAUUUUUUUGCUUCCAUUAAGUGAUGAAAGAGACUCAAACCAUUUUCAAGUUGAAGGCACCACAAGUUUCGAAACGGAUGUCAUAAGAAUGAGUGCCAUUGAGGUGCACUCGGUCCCUGGACUUGUUUAUAUUUCGGAAUAUAUUGACACCCAACUGGAGGAAUAUUUAUUAACACAAAUAUAUAGACAGCCUGUGGUUAAGUGGAAAGUGCUUGCAAACAGGAGAUUGCAAAACUGGGGAGGGACACCUCAUUCGAAAGGAAUGAUAGCCACAACACUACCAACUUGGUUGUUGUGUAUUGCCACAAGAUUAGAAAAAGACGGCUUUUUUCCAGAAACCCCCAAUCACGUUCUGAUAAACGAAUAUCUCCCUGGACAAGGUAUCGAACCUCACGAAGAUGGACCGAUUUACUAUCCUUGUGCAGCAAUUUUAUCUUUAGAGAACGAGAUUGUGUUGGAUUUCUACAGCAAAGGAGUAAACUCGGUAACUGCCGAGGAAAUUCAACAGUACACUGGCAGUCUUCUAUUGGAGCCUCGCAGUCUUCUUAUCAUCCGUGAUAGUGCUUAUCAAAAUUAUUUACACGGCAUUCAAGAAAGUUUCUAUAUUAAGAAAAGUUCCUGGCUGUUGAACUAUUGUUGUGAUGGAGAAGGAGAACAAGUAGCUAGGAAGAAACGUGUGUCUUUGACUGUGAGACUCGUUCCGAAGACAGUUCAUAAUGUGGUUCGGUUAGGAAAAUAGAGUUACACAUAAUUAUUAUAUGGUCGAUAUUUUUA